AUGGAUGCCUCAAGGGCAUCCGAGCCUGAUGACCACGUCAACAGCAGCGGUAGCAUCCACUCCAGUGCAGACGAGGCGCCUCCUUCUCCCACAUCACUCCCCCUCUCCAACAUCUUGGACAGUUCUCUGGACGAUAUUCACAUCCCCAUUCUCCAACCCGUCCUUGUCCGCCCCGACGCCAGAGUCGUGGAGGUUCGCGUCAGCAUCCCUCCGUUGGCACUGCUAGACGAUGCUCUAGAAGACUUGGGCACACCAGCAUUGGAGCCUCAACGAGUGAGUUCUACACCCGUACGUGUCUCUCCAACACAAUCAACUCCACUGAAUUGGCUAACGCGAUUUCGCUUUUGCUCGGAAAGGCCAUACAAGGGCGCCAAAGUCAUUCCGUGGGAUGGGACAAUCCACUGGGCGCUCAAAGGCUGCAGCAUCUUUGAGAAUUCAGACGAGGAGUUGAACGCACUCACCUACCGACCCAACCUGCUUUCACAACAGCCGAUUCACGAGGUCUGGAUAUUUCAGUAUGGCAUGCGGUACAUUGCCUCCACCCAGGAGAAGAACUGUUAUCGCACCGUUCGCAUUGAAGGCCUUCCAGCCGACAUGCAACUCAAGCAGAUCCUGCCCAGCAUCUCCGGGGAAAUCUAUUGUGCUCGUUUGGUGGAUACCCGGUCGAUAAUCGGAUCCAACACGGCCAUCGUCACGUUCGUUUUGCAAAUCGACGCCGUGCGCCUCAUCCAGAGCUCAAAGAAUGGGUUGGACCUAGGUCUUGUUUUGGCCAAGGUUGUCCCGGUGAACACUCCGACUUAUCCCAUGCCCGUGGAGAUGGAGAAAAAGGUGUUUGAGAAGAACUACACGCGCUGCCUAUGUGUGUACGGUGCUUGUGGCUUUCUGAGGGACACUAUCUCGCGCGUUCUUAUGAAAUCCCGCCAUGCCAAUGCGCUCGAAAGUAUUGAAGAGGGCCACCAGGCGGGCGAGGUUUACGUGCGGUUCCACUCGAUCAAAACGGCGGCAGUGGCAUGUGAGCUUCUGAAGGGACACCCCGGUCUGUUCCAGUGUCAAUUUCGAUUCCUAAAGCAGUCCUGUGCUCAGCCUCGACAGCCCGCCAUGAAGGCACCGCCACCUGAACAGUCAGAGAGACGUGCCUGCGUCGGAAUCUGGGAUUAA